AUGGGGCAUGGCACAAUGGGGCAUGGCACAAUGGGGCAUGGGGCAAUGGGGCAUGGCGCAAUGGGGCAUGGCACAAUGGGGCAUGGCGCAAUGGGGCAUGGCGCAAUGGGGCAUGGCGCAAUGGGGCAUGGCACAAUGGGGCAUGGCGCAAUGGGGCAUGGCGCAAUGGGGCAUGGCGCAAUGGGGCAUGGCGCAAUGGGGCAUGGCACAAUGGGGCAUGGCGCAAUGGGGCAUGGCACAAUGGGGCAUGGCGCAAUGGGGCAUGGCACAAUGGGGCAUGACGCAAUGGGGCAUGGCACAAUGGGGCAUGGCGCAAUGGGGCAUGGCGCAAUGGGGCAUGGCGCAAUGGGGCAUGGCGCAAUGGGGCAUGGCACAAUGGGGCAUGGCGCAAUGCUGUAUAUCCUAACGAUCGACCUGUGCCACCAGGCCUCGGACAGCACAGACGAGGACGAGGAGGAAGAUGAUGAGGAGGAGGAGGGAGGUGACCUAGAGGCAGCAGGGAGCAGCAGGGUUGUGGGCAACGGUGCUUAUGCGUUCAGUGGUAUGGGCAUGGCCGUGGGCACGGGCGCAGGCAUGGGCACAGGAAGGAGUGGCCUGGUGAGGCACAAGUCGGACCCCUUUCCACCCAUGCCACCAGCAGCAGCGCAGCACAGCAGAUUGAAUUACUCACAACAGCAGCAGCAGCAGCAGCAGCAGCAGAGUGUUGCAAGCAGCGCCCCACCAGCACAUACUGCAAGCAGCCUUGCCGGGGCGAGGGGAGCAACCACAAGAACUGCAAACAAAGCCACUGGCGACUCGAUUUCUGCCUCCACAGCUACUGCCAGCAGCGACACCGCUUCUAACCUCACCACCCCGCUCACCACCCCUCUCAACUCCUCUCGCUCCCUCUCCCCGGACCAAUCCGAAGCCAGCAGCACCAGCGGCACCCCUCCCUCCGCCCACUCCGCCCACUCCCUUGCUACUGCGGCCAGGCAUACCCAGGCACAGGGUGGCCGGGGAAUGGCAGUGGGGAAGGGUGCGGAGGGGCAUGGUGCGUCCCUGCAGCAACCGCUGCUGGAUGCUGCUGCAGGGGUGAUGGGCGGUGUGGGGAGGCAGGGCGCAGGGGGUGGAUUAGGAGGGGGGAGAGGAGGGGGAGGAGGAUUUGGAGGCGGGGGAAGAGGAGGGGGGGUUGGCAGCAGUGCUGCAAGUGACGGGGCGAGGACCCCCCGGUUCCGCUGGCAGAAGCUGAGGGUGAAGGGCAGGCAGCGCAUCGUGCUUGCUGUGGUGAGCUUCAUCUCGCUGCUCACUGCAGUGUUUGCCUUGCUCAUCUGGUACGGCUUCGGAGACAACCCCAUCGACCCCACGCUCAUGGCUCAGGUCAGCACCGCUGCACUGCCUGCUCGCUUGCUUGCCUGCUUGCCUAUCCCUGCUACUCCCUGCCUCUCCGUGCCUCUCCGUGCAUCUCCCUGCCUCUCCUUGCCUCUCCGUGCCUCUCCUUGCCUCUCCGUGCCUCUCCCUGCCUCUCCGUGCCUCUCCCUGCCUCUCCUUGCCUCUCCGUGCCUCUCCCUGCCUCUCCGUGCCUCUCCCUGCCUCUCCGUGCCUCUCCCUGCCUCUCCUUGCCUCUCCGUGCCUCUCCCUGCCUCUCCGUGCCUCUCCCUGCCUCUCCGUGCCUCUCCCUGCCUCUCCUUGCCUCUCCUUGCCUCUCCCUGCCUCUCCUUGCGUUGGUCCCCCUCAAACGAAGUGACUUGUGAGUCGUUUCAAAAGCCGCAGCCCCAUCCACCCCACGCUCAUUGCGCAGGCCAGCACCACUCCCUUCCUCCUUGCCUUCUUUGCCACUAUCGUGCUCCCUCCAAAAUUCUCCCCGUUCUCCCUUCCUCCCACUCUCCCGCCCUCCCCCACCCCCAUCAGAUGCAUGCGGACUUCUUUACAGUCGCCACAAUCCUAUUAGGAGGAAGGCUGGCCUUUUACGAGCUGCUGCUCUUCUCGUCUCUUUGCAAUCUCUCACAUCCCUCUCAAUCCCUUUCAAUCCCCCCUGAAACCCCCUCCAACCCCCACCCCCGUCAGAUGCAUCCGGACUCCUUUACACCCCACCCUCACCUCCCUCAGAUGCAUGCGGACUUCUUUGCUGUCGCCCACACUGCUAUCAGGCAGAGGGUUUGCCUUCUACGGGCUGCUUCUCUCCUCGUUUCCUAUCCCUCCCUCCCAAUCCCUCUCAAUCCCUCCCCUCUCUUUCACACCCAACCUUACGCCCAUCAGAUGCAUGCGGACUUCUGUGCUGUCGCCCACACUGCUAUCAGGCAGAGGAUGCAUGCGGAUUUCUUUGCAGUCGCCACGCUGCUAUCAGGAGGAGGCCUCGCGUUCUACGGGCUGCUGCUCUUCUCCAAAAUGUCUGUGCUCAGGGCUGGGCCCAGCGCUGCUGACCUCAGCAAGGUAGGUGCUGACAUCAGCAUGGUGCGUGCUGACAUCAUCAAGGCGCUGCUGACCUGGGCGAUAGUGAAAUUCGAGUCCUACGAACUCACAUACCUUCUGCAACGCUACGAGGAAUGCGCAUUUGCCCUUCACACCACACGUCCCUCUGUGCCCUCCUCUUGCUUUCCCCCUUGCCUGUAUGUCUCUCCCUGA